CCCCGAGUCCGAACGCGUGCCACCUCCCACACACGCCUCCCUCGUGUAAAACCUCCGCCCCCUUGCUCUCACCGCCGCUGGGUCAUCUUCGCCGGGGGUUAAUACUUUUUUAUUCUUUAUCUUGGGAACCGGUCCUCUCCGGGGCACUCCGCUUUCUAUUCCUCCGUUUAGAUCUGAACGCGAGGAAUGUGAAAAAUUUCAACGGGGUGCGAGACGAAAGCGUCAUUAUGAUGCAAGGUAAAUGAUGCGUGUCUCGAGCUAUCUGUUGGACACGUGGUAAUAAGAAUAACAGAAAUACAAGAUAGCUGUCGAAUGCGGUAAACGCUGGAGCAUCAAAUAAGUAACCAUUUACUGUCAGAUAAUUUUGAGCCACCCGGUUGGACUGCCCAGACAUGUAAACACCUGUGUUCACUAUCUAACAGAUUGUUCUAAUUAUACAUAGAAGUAUGUUGCUUUGAUCCGGAGGCUUAAUAUUAAGAUUUAUGCUUAGAAGAGAAGAUAAACGUGAUUAAGGAGAAAACUAGGAAAAGUAAUGGCAGCAGAGAUGCAGAGAUUCAGAACGAGUGAAGAUGAUGACGAUGAAAUUGAUAUGGAUGUGAAAGAGGAAGAUGAUGACGAUGACGAUGAUGAUGACGAUGAAGAGAAGAACAUGGCUACUCCUGCAAUGGUUGGUGUUGAUGUAGGUAUUUUAUCGACAAGCAGCAGUAAUAAUUUUAUGCAGCACCACCAAUUUCAAGAACAGCCAAUUACUCAAGGAGGAGGAUCUAGGAGGUGUAGGCCACAAGAAGAGAAGGAGAGAACGAAGCUACGGGAGCGGCAACGUAGAGCAAUAACUGCAAAAAUUUUGGCUGGACUUCGUAGGCAUGGGAACUUUAAUCUUAGAGUCAGGGCUGAUAUCAACGAUGUCUUUGCUGCUUUGGCAAGGGAAGCUGGUUGGGUUGUUCUUCCUGAUGGAACCACCUUCCCUUCCAGAUCACAGGUGCAUGCCACAAGACCUGUAGGAGGUACAUCACCUGCAGUGGUUACAUUGUCAUCUCCACAUACGCCAGCAGAACACACAUCACCUACUUCCUUAAGAGGCAUUUCACCUGGUUAUCAGAGUACGGUCAAUUAUAAUGCCAGCCACAUGAAAGGCAGUUUUGUGCCCUCUUCAUCUCCUUAUGAUGUGUCCUCCGGUGCACGAUCUCAGACUUCAGCUAUGAUGGGUGACGGAGGAGGCAUGCUGAGUGAUCCUCCUCUUGGAGUUUCCAUCGAUUCAGUUCAAAAUAGGCAGGUUAUCGACGUUUCUGGAAAGGUGCAGGAGCGUGAUUUCGCUGGCACACCAUAUGUUCCUGUUUAUGUUAUGCUACCGUUGGGUGUCAUCAAUAUGAAGUGUGAGCUUGUUGAUCCUGACAGUUUAGUGAAACAACUCAAAAUCUUGAAAUCAAUUGACGUUGACGGUAUUAUGGUAGAUUGCUGGUGGGGUAUAGUAGAAGCGCAUGCUCCACAGGAGUACAAUUGGAAUGGAUACAAGAGAUUGUUUCAAAUCGCGCGACAGCUUAAGAUUAAGUUACAGGUUGUAAUGUCCUUUCAUGAAUGUGGUGGUAAUGUUGGUGAUGAUGUUUGUAUUCCCCUGCCACACUGGGUAGCUGAAAUUGGUCGCGGCAAUCCUGACAUAUUUUUCACUGAUAGAGAAGGAAGACGGAACCCAGAAUGUCUUUCGUGGGGAGUUGACAAGGAAAGGGUUUUGAGAGGCCGGACUGCCAUAGAGGUUUACUUUGACUACAUGAGAAGCUUCCGGGUUGAAUUUGAUGAGUUCUUUGACGAUGGCAUUAUUUCUAUGGUGAUUGUUGGACUUGGUCCAUGUGGAGAGCUAAGAUACCCAUCCAAUCCUGUAAAACACGGUUGGAGAUAUCCUGGUGUCGGUGAAUUCCAGUGUUAUGAUCAGUAUAUGUUGAAAAGCCUUCGGAACGCAGCUGAAAUUAGGGGACACUCCUUUUGGGGGCGAGGACCAGAUAACACAGGUUCCUACAAUUCACGGCCACAUGAAACUGGAUUUUUCUGUGAUGGGGGUGAUUAUGAUGGAUAUCAUGGCAGGUUUUUUCUCAAUUGGUACUCUCAGGUUUUGGUUGACCAUGGUGAUCGGGUGCUUUCUCUGGCAAAGUUAGCUUUCGAAGACACUUGCAUUGCAGCAAAGAUUUCGGGUAUUCAUUGGUGGUACAAGACAGCUAGCCAUGCUGCUGAAUUAACUGCUGGGUUUUAUAAUCCCUGCAAUCGAGAUGGUUAUGCUACUAUUAUGGCAAUGUUAAAGAGACAUGGGGCAGCACUAAACUUUACAUGUUCUGAAAUGAGUAUGUUAGAUCAGCAUGUUGACUUCUCUGAGGCACUGGCUGAGCCCGAGGGAUUAGCCUGGCAAGUACUGAAUGCUGCCUGGGAUGUAUGCAUACCAGUUUCAAGUGAAAAUGCUCUUCCUUGCCAUGACCGGGAUGGUUAUAAUUAUUUACUGGAAAAGGCAAAGCCCAUGAGUGAUCCAGAUGGCAGGCAUUUUUCUGCUUUUACCUGUUCAAACCUCAGCCCACUUCUCUUGGAAAGACACAACUUCGUUGAAUUUGAACGAUUUGUCAAGAGAAUGCACGGAGAAACUGUACUCGAGUAUCAGACAUAGUUUCAGAACUCCCAAUUCGUACUAUAGGAAAGGCAGACGUACUAUAGGAAAGGCAGGAGAGAGGAAGGUGAUAGAUAUUUUAAUACUCCAUUUUAGGUAAACCUGUAAAAA